AUGGGGGUUAAUGGUACAUUCCCAAAGAAAUUGGCUAAUGAUGCAAGGAAAAUAAAGAAGAGGAAGUCACAGAGGGUGCAAAGGACGGGGAGUGUGCCACAGAGGAAACAAAGGACAAUGAGUUUGCAGCCUAUAAGAGAGCAGUUGUUGGACGUGAUGGUGUGGGAGAUCUUGAUCCCGCUGCCCGUGGAGUCCCUGGUGAGGUUUAAGUUGCUUAGCAAGGCCUGGUACGCUAUCAUCUCCGACCCUGUUUUUGUUCGUGCACACCUCCACUGCUCCAAACAGAAACAACAUCGCAACCCGUCUUCCUUCCUCGUCACCCCCCACAUUUAUCUGGAACCAAAUCCUUUGGGUCUUUUCUCCACCAACAUCCGUUUCUACCUGUGGUCUAUACAACAAGAUGACAUGAGUAGGAGCAGUAGUAGUGCAACACUCCUUUCUGGGAGGCAGUUCCCCACAGGCGAGUUCGCACUGGUGUCCCAAAUGUCACACUGUGAUGGGUUGGUGUUGCUCCCCGCUUAUGUCUUCAACCCAGCCACUAGAGAUGCUGUUGCGCUCCCCAAGUGCCACCGCAAUAUGUUGCAGCACUCCACUUGCCUUCCGAUUGGUUUCGGCCUUGAUGUUUCCACUGGAACAUAUAAGGUUGCACGGUCUUUCUACCGUUCCUGUGAUCACAGUUCUGUUGCAAUGGGGAUGGAGGUCUUCACCAUUAAUGGUGAUGAGGGCAACUGGAGGGAAACCUUGCUGGAUCCACCAUACCCUAUUGUGUGUCCGCAAACUGCCAUACACUGCAAGGGUUCCCUAUUCUAUUUAAUAGAUAUGAAAAAUCAUCAAUGUCCCCCGCGGGCGCUGCUUCGCUUCUGCCUUCAAGAUGAAACAUUUGGUAUCACUCCAUUGCUUAACAACGUGUACCCUACAGUUGAAGAUGAUGAUAUUGUUCUCCAUGAGCUUGACGGGGAAUUAUGUGCUACUUUCUUUAGCAAGUCUGUGCAACAAGUAUUGGUCUGGAUGGCAAGAGAUAUUGUGAAUCCAGAGUGGGAUUGUCAUUAUGUAAUCAAUGUCUCAGAUCACUGCUGUCCAGUGGCCUCCCUUAGCAUCGCUGCUGGGUUUCUCUUACGACGAGGUCAUUGCCUAAUCCGUUAUUACAUGAAAGCUCAUGGUGUAAAAGAAGAGGAUAUAUUUGAUAUGGAUGACCUAAGGUUCCUUGGGCCGAGUGAAGACACCUUGGGCCAUGCAUGGGAAAAUUUAUGUGUGUUUGAGCUACUGUAUUACACUGCAAGCCUUGUUUCUAUUACUCCUAAGGCGAGCUUACAAGCCUCAUAA